AUGAACGAAGUGGCGACGACCUUCACAUCCACAAAGCACGACAUCAUCACCCGCCUCAACACGCUGGACACCAUGGCCAAAGUGUGCCAGACAGCAUCACAACCAAUCGAUCUCACGGCAUGGGAGGAGGUGGACAAACGCCCCUUGGUCGACGAAAUCGUGUCUCUCAUUCAGGAUCUGGCCGAUUGGAUCCUGAAGGAUGCCUAA